AUUCUCAACAUGCCACGUAACUUGUGACGUUUCAAUACAGCUAUCAGUGCCUGCGUGUUCACAAGUCUGCCGGUUAUAUAUUAUUCCAAAUUCUCCAACAAUUGUGGAAUUUAUAAAUUAAAAAAAUGAGGUGGAUCCUGAGCACCUGGAUGCUCGUCCUGUUCUUGUGUUUCCUGGGAGUGAGGUCACAAUACAGAACCAAAGCUAGCCAGAAUUUGCCACUGGCUGAGCGGGUGCAACAAUUGACCGACAUGGCAAUGAAAAGACCAGUGCUUAAGUUCAAUGGUGCUAAGUUUAAGGAAUACGUUAAGGCCCCACCACGAAAUUAUUCUGUCAUCGUUAUGUUCACUGCACUAGCACCACAGAGACAGUGUCAAAUCUGCAGUCAUGCUAACGAAGAAUUUGCGAUAGUAGCCAAUUCAUUCCGGUACUCUCCGUCGUUCUCAAAUAAAUUAUUCUUCGCUGUUGUUGAUUUUGAUGAAGGAUCAGACGUUUUUCAGAUGUUGAGACUCACUACAGCUCCAGUGUACAUGCACUUCCCUCCGAAAGGAAAACCCAAAGCAGCGGACACCAUGGACAUCCAGAGGCUCGGGUUCGGAGCUGAGGCGAUGGUCAAAUGGAUAUCUGAGCGAACUGACAUUCAAAUUCGUGUAUUCAGGCCUCCAAAUUACUCUGGAACAGUUGCUCUCAUCAUGCUGUUGGUUCUAGUCGGAGGAUUCUUGUAUUUGAGGAGGAAUAAUCUCGACUUUAUUUAUAAUAAAACAAUGUGGGGAUUUGGAGCGUUGUUCUUCACGUUGACGAUGGUGUCAGGCCAAAUGUGGAAUCACAUCCGAGGACCUCCAUUCAUCCACAAAUCCCCCAAUGGAAAUGUGGCUUACAUCCAUGGCUCUUCACAGGGACAAUUUGUUCUUGAGACGUACAUCGUGAUGGUCCUGAAUGGUGCAGUGGUACUAGGAAUGAUUUUAAUGACGGAAGCAGCAUCGCGAAAGGGUGAUGUGAAAAAACGUCGAAUUUUCGCUGUCAUUGGUGCUGGCUUACUCGCAGUAUUUUUCAGUCUCCUUCUGUCAAUAUUUAGGAACAAGGCUCAGGGAUAUCCGUACAGUCUUCUCUUCAAGUAAUUGGAAAUCGCCGUGGCUGUUACAAAAAUUCAUAAUAUUCGUACUGUAAGAAAAUAUCAUAGUUGAUCCUCAAUUAUAAAUAUGGAUGGAUGAUUAUUAUUAUUAGGAUCAAAAUUUGUGUAAAUCGAAAUACAUGUUCUUUUCCACCGA